CAGUAGGAUUGCGGAGACAACUGGAGCAAAGCGGAAGACGCGGACUCGAUGCCGAUCCAGUAGGCUAGUAGAGCUCAGACAAGACCCGAAGUCCCCAUCGGCAUGGGGCACAGGCACACACACGCACACACACACACACUGGUGUUGGAGAAAAAGAUAAUGUUUUCUUUCUCUCUUUUCUCUUCUUUUUCUUUCUUUCUUUUUCUUCUCUUCUUUCCAUGUAUUAUAUCUCUCGAUCAAGAGACGGAGGAGGGGUACCAAAGGGAAGGUCGGCAAACACGGGGACACUCACCUCGUAAUCCAGCCCAUCGGAUGGCCCAUCCGUCGGCUAACCAUGGGAGCCAAGAUGCAGGAAUUAAAAGUUCAUUGGAAUCUAUAUCAAGCACAGAAAGGGGCCAGUUGUUAAUAAAAUUAUCAUGAUUCAGUGAUAGGGUGGACUGACGCCACUCAGCGAGG